AUGCAUACGUUGGAUUUGGCAAAUUUUCCCGUCACCGACACGCUCAAGAUGCUGGCUUCGCUACUCGAGAAAAUAACUCAGGCAAAUGACCAACUAAAGUCACAUAACAUAAACAGCAGUAGUGGCAGCAACCAUAGUAAUAACAACGAGCAGGGUAGUAGUAGUUCCACGGCGGUUACACCGUCGACAUCACCGUCUUUCACGCGUUUUCAUGCGCGUUCGGUGCCUUCGAUUGACAUUUACUCGUACCUGGCUCGAAUUUUGAAGUACUGCCCCACGACCAAUGAAUGUUUCCUGUCGUUGCUAGUGUAUUUUGAUCGAAUGUCAAAGAAUGCGUUAGCUACCACAGGCAAGCCUUUCUCAAUAGAUUCUUUUAAUAUUCACCGACUAAUAAUAUCCGGUAUCAUGGUGUCUUCAAAGUUUUUCUCAGACGUAUUUUUCACAAAUUCAAGAUAUGCAAAGCUCGAAUUAGAGUUUCUGGUGUUGAACGAAUUUCGCCUGGCAAUAAACAUAGAAGAGUUACAACGAUAUGGAAAUCAACUGCUGAAGCAUUGGGUGCAAGAGGAAGAGAUGAAGCAAGGCGGGCCUUUGUAUGAGAAUAGUUUGCGAUUUUCCACAGCAAAUAGUAUUGCUACCAUUAAUGGUGUUACCAGAUGGGAUUCGCAGCAUGCUUUCGAAAAGAAUACACUUAAUAAACGUUCAAGGCGUAUAACUUCAACAGAUGACACGAAUACAAAAAACCAAUAUUUUAGUCGUGGGCAUCGUCGAGAUGAUAGCAUAUCAUCGACAAAAUCAUUGAACAUUAAUAAUAGUGCAUCAUAUCCUGUGACAUCAUCUCCACAGCCAUUUUCAUCUAAUCAGCAACAAGGAUCUAAUACUCCUCCAGUACGCAUAAAUUCAUAUUCUGGAACUUCACCUAAUUCUUCAUCUUCAAUCAUAACUAAUAAUUCACAACAGCAACAAUCAUCAUCGUCGACGUCGUCGUCAGCAUCGAAUCCGAUUAUUAAUGGGUCACCAAUGCGUGGUCCAUUCCCUCCAGGGGUGAUAAAUAAUCAUCAUAUACAUAAACCAUAUCCACAUCAUCCGCAUCAUCAAUCUCAACAUCAAAGAUCUUAUAGUGUAGGCUCUUCAACGAUCAAACGUGCAAGUAGCAGUAAUUCCCUGUUGAAUAUUCAUCGAUCACGAAGUAGAGAUUUCAGUGAAGAUUUACAACAAUUCCAUCAACGACAUUCUUCACCAAAGGUAAUGGUGAAUCCUGAGGAUCACGCAUAUCGAACAGCAGCUGCUCCGUUUCCAUCUGGACCUUCGCCAAAUAUUAAUGGUUCGUCAUCUUCGGCACCAUCAUCUUCAUCUUUGGCGAUACCUUCCUCCAAAUAUAAUGGUAAUGGUAUGACUUCUAAUGGAAAUUCAUUGUCAACGACAUCUUCUACUCGGGUCACAUUUAAUCCGGCUGCGACAAUGGCUGCUGCCGCCCAUGCUGCGUUGAGUUACGCUCGAAGGGCAUCACUAGCAUUACCACCUUUACCGCGACAUCCACUAACCGGAUUUCACAACAAUUCAAUGCCAUCACCUAUAUCACCUGUGCCUCCACCAUCCAAUGAAUCUAUGGGUCCCGGAAUAAUGAGACGUGGCUCAGUACCAACGUGGAGUAGUAACAAUAUUUCAGGUGGUGGAGGUACCAGUCUACAUUCUGAUGUUAGAAAUAUUUCGCAGAAUGGGAUAGGAGUGACAAAUGGCUCAACAACUAUACCAAUACCAAUGAAUUCUUCAACAAUCAAUGGUAAUGGACGUGUUCAUAUGCACGGAGUUAACGGAAUUUCUAAUAGUAGUACUAUGACUCCUGGAAGUGCUCCAGAUCUAGUAAGACGAAGUAGUUGGGUAGUCCUUCCGACUACUCACACACAUUCCGUGCCUUACCAAUCUGCCUCUUCGGAAUCGUGUAAUUCAUCAGCGUCAUCGGGCUCAGAAUCGUCAGAUUCGUUAACUGAUCGUGCUUCUGGUAUGAAUUCUAAUGGAAUCAAUGUUACCAGCACGAAGUCCAAUAAAGACGCCACCGCCACCACCAACAACGGUAGUAAUAAUACAAAGUCUAAUGAAACACACGAUGACUAA